GGACCAAAAAAUAAACGAGUGACUCGUAACUGAAGGGGAUAUUUUUUUUCGUGAAAUUGGUCAAUCCUGAGUGUCCAGCGCUGUCCGAAUUACGUAAAUAAGCCUGAGAUAUGAGUUAAGAUUAUCUCUGUCCCGUGCUAGAAGGUAGGAAAUAACACAUGACAGACUGUAUAGAGGACAAUAAUCCAUGCUGAGAGCUCAUUACGAUGAUUCCUGUGGUGCCGGAGUUGUUCACUCAUGUCUUGGCUGAAUUUGACAGAUUUGACCCUUUAAUUUCUGCCCUGCGUCUUGAUUCAGGCAGACUUAAGUGCACAUGCAUUGAUGUGUCACGGAAAUGGCUUGCUCUCGGUACCUCAGCAGGAGGCCUGCACCUCAUUCAGAGAGACGGAUGGAAGCAGAGACUUAUUCUCACACACAAGGAGGGUUCACUCACACAUAUAGCCUGUUGCCCUCAUGAUGAAGACUUUAUUGCUGUAGCAACAAGUGAGGGUCUUGUAGUGAUUUGGGAGCUGCAGGUAGAGAGGCGAGGACGGCCUGAGCGGGCAUGUGUAUCGUGGGAGCAUCGUGGUCAGGCCGUAACAGCUCUGUGCUGGGACACAGCAACCCUACGAGUUUUCAUUGGAGAUGCAGCAGGGAAAGUGUCCUUUGUACGCGCUGGUAACUCCAAACUCGGCAAGGGUUCAUCAUUUGUAAUCUUCCCAGUUCAGACUGUCAUGACAGUUGACUCUCGCGUGGUGCAGUUGGGAUACCAGGAGGGUCAUCUUCUGGUCUCUUCUCUUAGCCGCUGCUACCUCUGUGACACUGAAAGGGAGAAGUUUUGGCGAGUAGGGAACAAGGAACGUGAUGGAGAAUACGGAGCUUGUUAUCUGCCUCAGCAGCAGACAGGAUCGAGGACACCUGGCACAGGCAACACCCAUCUCGUGUACUGUGCUCGGCCAGGCUCGCGCAUUUGGGAGGCCAACUUCAGUGGAGAGGUGCUUAGCACCCAUCAGUUUAAACAGUUGCUUGCCUGCCCUCCUCUGCCUCUCAUCUCUUGCAAGAAUGAGCCACAUUAUAACCCAGGUCAGAGGAGUCCUCAGUCCCUUGCCUUUCGUCAACUACUUCAUCUAAGUGAUCAUAACCUCCUGACAUGGACAGACUCUGCCAUUUAUAUCUUCACACCCCACAGUGGACAGGUUCUGCUAUGGACCAAAAUGAAAGAUAUUGUAGACAUGGCAGUGUUUCGCAAUGAGCUGUUUUGUCUCCAUGGCGAUGGGCGUCUCUCUCACCUGCUCUUGAUGCCUGUUGAACGCUGUGUGGAGAGACUGAUGAAGCGAGAGAACUGGACACUGGCUGCUACUGUCUGUUGCAUGUUCCAGCACACUAUAGUAAUCUGCAGGGCAAGAAAGAUCAUUCCUAUUGAUCGCCUAGAACAUCUCAAGGCCCAGUUAAACUCUACUUCCCAGCAGGAGCUGAUUGGCCAGCUGGAGGAAGUAAUCAGCAAGUUGGAGCCCAUGGACUCUGCCUGUAGCAGUCGCAGAAGCAGCAUCUCUUCUCAUGAAAGCUUCAGUGUGCUGGACUGUGGCAUCUAUCGUGUCAUCAGCCGUAGAGGCAGCCAGUCAGAUGAGGACACCAGCUCCCUCAUUAGCCAGUCUAUGCUGGAGGAGGAAAGGAUGAAGGAGUUUAACUUUGCUCAGGAGGAGGAGCAGGUGGAGCCUGACCCCCAGUCAUGUGUGCGUGUAGAGGGGGACAAAUCAGAAUUCGGCCUGCAGUUCCACCUCCCACUCUCAUUCCGUCCAAAACCACCACUCAUCGCACUGCAGGCUGUUAAAGACAGUGUUUCAAGUUUUGUAAAGAAGACUACAGAAAAAAUCAACAAUCUGCAGAUGAACUCUGACCUCUGGCCCCGACCUGACCAUAGGGAUGGACAGGAAGACAUCCCCCCCGAUGUGACUUCUUGUACAAAUGAACUAGACACUGAGGAGACUGUUGAGCAAGCAGCUAAUGUGGUACACGAGCUAAGGACGGCAACUGAGAAAGCCAUCUUACAGAUCCAGGACCCUCUUAUUCUCUUGGAUCCCACGAGAUUGACAGAGGUGCUCCUAGAGUGGGUCCCUAUUCUGGAAAGGGUCAUGGGACCAGAGAACUCCUCAAGCAGCAAGAACAGGCAGAUAAAGGAGGAGAAGAAGACCUUAGAAGUGGAAGACAAAGACCCAGACAGCCAGCCCUAUUCUGCUGUCCCUCGUGAUGACAGUGGGGUAGAGUUCCAGUCAGAGUCCGAGGACACCUCAAGCCAUGUAGAGGAAGAAAGCCUUACAGACAAUAACCUCAGCUCCACCGCUUUGAUUACAGUGUCUUCAGUAGCCAUUGUAGCUCCAGUGGAGUUCACCCUGCCGUCAGACCUCCAGGAUGACCUCUCUUAUCUUGCGUGCCUCUACUUGGACUUGGGCUGCCCAAGUGGAGCAGGUGAUGGAGGGUUGGAGAGGGUUUGUGUGUUUCUGAGGAGCUACUUUUUCCUGCUGGAUAAGGAUAAAGUGAAGAAGAUGUGCACUUUGAGGUACAGGGAGCAGCCAGACAUCCUAAAUACCUACAUUGCUUGCAUGCUAGAGUUUACCCAGGCCAGUAAGGUAGUGGAAGUCAUUCAGAAAGGAGAUUUACUGAAGUCACUGCGCAGUCUGAGAGAUCUACAGCCCUGGAAUGCUCCAGUGCUCCUUACUCACCUUUACAGACUGUAUGAGAAGCACGGGGAGAUGGCCGUUCGGGCAUACCCCCAGUUCUAUCCUACAAUCCUCCCCUCUGACAUCAUGACCAUGGUCCAACCCAGUCACUUUCUGCCUUAUCUAGACAAUCUGGUUCAGUCCCAAGCUGAAGAACAAAGACUCUCCUUCUUAGGCUCACUCCUUCAGCCUGAGACUCUACGACAAGUUUGGUUGGAUCUAGCUCUUAGCCAUGAUGCACCACGGAAAGAAGACACGCUGGCAGCUGACGGACACCCAGAGUGGCACUCUCACUAUUUCUGCUGGGGUUACGGCCGUCUGCUGUCAUUGCUCAUUCGCCUGCCUGCUGACUUAGACUCCAAACAGAAGAUGAUGGAGUCAUGCAGACUUCAUGGUUACUGGACAGGCUAUCUCUACCUCUGCAAAGAGCUGCAACGGCGCACUGAGGCUUUCUCUGCCAUCUCCUUAUUAGAUGACAUGAGUCUCCUGGAGGAACCAAAUGGUAUUGUUCCAGAGACAAUGGAAGAGUGGAUGUUACUGAUUCAGCUGUGUCAACAUAGAAACUCCACAAACCCUUCACCAGCCAUUUCACAUCUCUCUUCAGACUCUUCCAUCUGUCCCUCCAUACCCAGUACAGUUAACGGCACCAGUGCUGAUAGCUGUGUGGAUAACACUAAUGGUAAGGUCAGUGAUGUUGGGCCUGUUGACCUGAUCAACGGUUCUGCAGAUUGGAGCAGCCGGAUCACUGUGGAGAAGUUAGUACUGUGUCUGGCACGGAUUGUAGGGCCUGACCGGGCCCUGGCCACGCUGCAGGAACACGGGGUGCACUUGGAGAUGAACACUCACUCUACAUUGGUGUGUGAGCUGCUGAGAGUCGCAGAGAAGAGGCAGAGAGCUCUGAUCCAGACCAUGCUGGAGCGGUGUGAUCGGUUCCUCUGGUCUCAGCAGGCCUAAUGAAGAAUCUUCUGUUCUUAUUGCACCACUCCACCAGGACAAUCUGCCUGCUUUCUACACUACAGUCUGCUUUCAUGUUCGAGAUCCUAGCUAUAAUUUUCUCCGUGUUUACUGAGAUGUCGGUCUGGAUCCAGUUUUGCUUUUCAUCAGCUGAUUUGGUUUUGUUGUUCAGAUUGGAGUUUAACAGACUUUGUCUUUGACCAAUUUUAACAAAUUCUUUUCUGUUAUUGGUGCUCUUUUAAAGAUGAGUCUUACUUGCUCCUUAUGUAGCUGUGUGUGAUAAUAUCCAAAACCAACAUGUUAGGUGGGUUUAGUUUCUAAACACUCUGAAAAGUGCUCAAAUACACUCUUGAGGAUGAAGUUAUAGGAAUGUGUGCUUUGCUUAAAGGUGUGAGUUGUACUUGUACACCAUGCGCUAAACCCAUUUUAUGAGAUUGUAAGUAUUAUUUCAUGGAACCUCUAACCUUUCCCUGACUCGCUCUUUUCACUGUUACAUAAACGUGCAAAAUCUGUGUAAAUGCCAUGUCUUUUGCUGCCUGGUCCCCUUUGAAGCAGCUGCUGACAUUUCAGUUAUGUUUCUGGUUUGACAGUAUUAACAGUUUUUGAAAUAUUAUUUGCUUAGAGUUAUUUACCUAUUUAAUUAAACUUUCUUUUAUAAAUAUGUGAACAUUUGUAGAUCUUAAAAACAACAAAAAUGAAUAUGAACAAAUUCCUCAUGGAGGUUUAAAAUACAUUUUCAUUCGAAGACUUUUAUAGAGUUGUAUGUGAAGAUUAUGUAAUAAAAUAAGUGAACUGUAUAAACUUCGACUCUGCUGGUGACUUGCAGUAACUGUAGUGACGAUAAUAAACCUCUUUACAUCUGUAUAAAUAUGUCUAACAUAAGAGGGUGAAAAUUCUUCCUCCAUUUGUGUUGCCUAUGUUUUUGACUGUGUGCUCAAAUGUAUUCGCAUCCACUAAUGAAUAUUUGGAUAACAAAUUCAUUUAUUUCCAUAAAUUUAUUUUUCUGUAAUAAUUCAGGUGAUUCAUUCAAGACAAAAAACUCAUAUGGCACUUUGUUUACUAAAAUUAAAGGGUUUUUUUGUGGCAGUAACAAUUUCUAGUAAUGCUUUUGUGUAUGUACUGCUUUUGUUCAUCUUUUGUUAAUAUAAUCCCCUAAUAUAUUUUGGAAAAAAAAAAAGACGGCUAUUUUUCCACAUUUUUUUCACCGUCAGGAAUCUUGAGAAAACGAUAUCUAAUGGGCAAAGAGGGUGAGAAAAUAAACUCACACAUAUAUAAUGAAGAUUCAGUAUUUCCUGUUGUACAAAAUGGCCUUGUUGAAUUUUAAUCAUUCACAAAUUAUUAGUUCAUAACUUUAAUAACAAUCAACGAUGUGUCACCUUCCCAGCAUUCUCUUUCCUCACAAAUAUCUCUUCUUCUUCUUGAUGACACUUCUCCCUGGCACAGCUUCAGUCAGACUGAGCUCACGCACACCUGCAGAAGAGAAUACUGACAGUGAGAG